GUCGUGGUCGCACCGAUGCCGGCGCUUCCCCGCCGGUCGGCGUCCUCGGGGGCCGCCGACGUGCCCACCGCGCGGCUGGGCUACCGCUACGCGGGCCUCGAGCGCUUCUCUGGUCGGCCGCGAGUCUACGAAAGCCCGUCGUCGUCGCGCUCUUCUUCCCCGCCGCCACUGCCCGAAAAGCAGCCGCCUCCGCUGCCACCGUCGUCGCAGCCGUCAUCCUUCACGGCCCUGACCUUGACCAGCUCCCUGUCUACCAAGCGGGAGCUGUUCUUCCGCGAUGGACCGGUGCCCCCGGCUGCGCCCGGCGCCGGCGGCCUACUGGGCCUGAGCAAGGAUUCGGCCGGCAGCUUGUCUUCGUCUGGAGGCGGCGGCGGCACGGCACCGCCGUCGUACGCUUCGAGUGCCGGGAGCCGCGAGGUUGCCGAAGGCUACGUGGGCUUCGCCAGCCUGCCCAACCAGGUCUAUCGCAAGGCGGUCAAAAAGGGCUUCGAGUUCACCCUUAUGGUGGUCGGUGAAGCUGGACUUGGAAAGUCAACGCUCAUCAAUUCUAUGUUCCUGACGGACAUCUACUCAAAUGAAUAUCCGGGCCCAUCUCACCGUGUAAAGAAAACUGUAGAAGUGGAGACCACUCGAGUUCUUCUAAAAGAAGGCAGCGUCAACCUAACACUGACCAUUGUAGACACACCGGGCUUUGGCGAUGCUGUUGACAACACUCAGUGUUGGCAGCCGAUAAUCGACUACAUCGAAGCAAAGUAUGCAGAGUACCUCGAUGCAGAAUCACGAGUACAUCGGACAACAUUGCCCGAUAACAGAGUUCACUGUUGUCUUUACUUCAUUGCACCUUCAGGACAUGGGUUAAAGCCUCUGGAUAUAGAAUUCAUGAAGCGGCUGCACGACAAAGUCAACAUCAUUCCUGUGAUUGCUAAAGCAGACACUAUGACGCCGGAGGAGUGCAGUCUAUUCAAGCGAACGAUUUUGAAUGAGAUCACGCAAAACAAAAUCCGUCUUUAUGAAUUUCCUGAUCCAGAAGAUGAAGAAGAGAGCAAACUGCAAAAGCCACUUAAGGAACGUGUACCCUUUGCUGUUGUAGGCAGCAAUACAGUGGUUGAAGUAAAUGGUCGGAGAGUCAGGGGUCGCAAGUAUCCUUGGGGAGUAGCAGAAGUCGAGAACAUGGACCACUGUGACUACAUUGCCUUGAGGAAUAUGCUCGUGAGGACUCAUAUGCAGGACCUGAAGGACAUCACAAACAGUGUCCACUAUGAAAACUACCGUUGCCGAAAGCUUGCUGGUGUAGGAGGCGCCGGGGAGCCAGGUCAUGGCAGAUCCAACAAGAACCCACUGGCCCAAAUGGAAGAGGAGAAGAAAGACCAUGAAGCUAAGAUGCAACGCAUGGAGAAGGAGAUGGAGCAGGUCUUUGAGAUGAAAGUCCGCGAGAAGAUGCAGAAGCUUAAAGAGUCUGAAGCAGACUUGCAGAGAAGGCACGAGCAGAUGAAGAAAGGGCUGGAGCAGCAGAAGCUCGAGCUAGAAGAGAAGCGGCGCAACUUCGACAAGGAGAAGACCACUUUUGAAAUGGCCCACAGGGAUAUGGAGGAUGUCUUCCGCAAAAUGGCUGUGGACAGCAACUCUAAAGAAUUGCGCCGGUCUGUCUCUGAGGACCACUUCAGUAGCCGCAAAUGCAUGCAGUAUGCUGCGCCUGUCCGAAAGAACUGCAAGCAGAUGUAGAGAGUGAUGCACGCCCCUACUACCAACCCUUCAUCCGCCACCUCGGCACCCACCUUGCCUUUGGCCGGCUAUAGUUAUUUUUUUUUCUUUUGCAUCUUACCCAGAGUUCAGUGGACUGGCACAUCCUUCUCUUCUUUUGCGCUUUAUUUUUCUCUGUAUACAGCACAGUACCAAGUUAUUAUUUUUCUGUCAAUGUCACUUGUUUUACUUGAGUUCUUCUCUUCUGUGAUGAUUUUCGAAGGUGUGUGAAUGCUUCAUGACAUGUGCAAGAUUAGUGUUUCCGAUUUUGUUGGCCGUUCUGGCAUCAUUCAAGCAACAACCCAUAGAACGACUGUUCGCAGACUUUCUCAGGCAUGCUGCAGGUUCAUUUACUACCCUCCACGAUAAGAAUUUCUAUUUUUACAUCACUCGCAUCUCUUGAAAGGUGCCUCUUUUAUAGUGUUUUCAUUAUUUCAUUACAAUUUUCCACAAUUCUCCAUUCUCUUGCGUGUUCUGUGCCACUGCCCUCCAUGCCAGCCUAAAAUGGGCAAAGAACCAUCCCUGCAUAGCUUACAGUGCUGUUCACCCGAUCAUCAUGCACAUCAUAUUUAUGACAAGGACUUCUUGCAUGUUUUUCCCCCCCACUUUGCACUUUCUGUGGCAUUACGUCAAGGUUGAACUUUGUUCCCCAUGUUGCAGUCUUCAUUCAUGUUACAGUUGAGCUGUGGUUAUCCAAUUCUGCAUUGUAAAUAACACUGCAGCCCUUAUUUCAAAGGCAGCACAUCCUUGUCAUUUUGAGCUAAAUAAUCUGGUCACAACUGUUUUUUAUUGCACUUAUACUUUGCACAUUGUUGUUACAUUUUUAUGUUUUUGGUCCUUUGUUGCAUUGUUAUAUAUUAUAUUGUCAUACUGUUGAUUAUAUAGCGUGUUCAAGUUUUGUGUGUCUAUCAGCCCAGAAGGUUUACAUAUUAUAGGCUUUCCUGUUCUCAAGCAUUUUAUGCCAUGGGUACUGGGUUGCAGCUUGAACUUAUUUCCUUUCCUUCAGAAAAAAGUAUCUAUCACACUUUGUCUACUUUUGAUGCAGUUUAAUAUAUUUAUAUUUUAUUGUACAUCACCAUAAUUGGGGCAUAAUUUUGUGAUAAACAUGACCAAGGAGCACCUUGUUUCUUUCUAGUCCAACACAUAUUUGUUGUGACUUAGGAAACAGCAUCUCAGCUAGCUUUUUUUUUUCCCCCGCUGUUGGAAAAAAAAAGACUUGACAGGUAACCUGUGACUGAAUUGUUAAUGGUAUGUUUCCAGUGUAUGCUUUCUUAGCUAAGUAGUGAGCACAAGAACUGUGUGGGUUGUUUGUUACAGCUGUGACUAGUAGCAUUAUAUGAUACAGGGAACUAGUGCUGCAAAGGCUCAUUAAUUCGAAUUCUGUUCAUUCGAACUGACACCCUGGUCCUUGCACAGCCCUGUGUAUUUCUGUGGGCGAAAACUCCCGUUAAUUCGAGUGCGUCGGUAUCCACAACGCUUAAUUCCAACUGGGAGCCUUUGGUUUUCAUCGCUUCUUGCAGAAGUUGGCCAAGAGUGAUCACAGUGUGUUGCAGAACCAAACCAAAUUUACUGGAGAUGCAAAAGAAUUCGGACGCUGCGCUUGGGCUCUUGGGCAAGGUGCAAACGAUGCUAAUGGAGUCGCGACAGAAAAAAUGCAAGCAAAUGCAAAUUACUGAUUACAUAAUUUUUUUAUUGCAUUGACUCAGCCAUGUAAAUAAGUGUCUUUGGGAGCAUAAAUAGCAUCAUAUAUUUCGACAUUAAGGCUCACUGCUUACGCGGGGGCUUCUUUAGAUUCUGCCCGUGUAGUGUGGCGCAAUGUCCGUUCAUUCUAGCUCCUGCCCGCUUAUUCGAACUCCGCUUAAUUAGAGCGAUUUUUAAAGUCCCCUUAGAGUUCGAAUUAACGAGCAUUUACUGUAUACAGUCUGUGCAUUCCAGUGACUGGUAGCAGGAACUUAAACUUAGAACAAGCUGUUCCUUGAAGGUGGCAUAUUUUACUAUUAGAUUGGAAUGAAUUUGUGGCACAGCAUGGCUUGCACUACAAACUAAAGAUAUAAGGAAACCACUACUUCUUUAACUUAUUGCCUUUGUAAUGAAAUGCAUGACACAUUCAUCCUACCACGUGAUUCGAAUGCUUUCUGCCAGUUAGUGAGAGGUUAAACACAAUCACCAGCACAACUUGUACACGCCUGUGGUCAUCAGUAAACAUGUCUAAGAUUACGCGCACGUCUUUGCUCCUGCGGACUGAAGCAAGUGCCUGAUCUCAAUAGAUGGCCUUACACUGGUGGCCUUUUUGUGGUUCAUUCUGAUAGUUUCAAGUGGUAACCGCUAGUAUGCUGUCACCAAUAAUCAAGACUGCAGUGUUUGUCGAGUAUGGAGCUUCAAGUUUUUAUCUCAACUAUCAGGACUAUCAGCUUUAUCAAGUCAAACUUGCACCUUGAUAUCUGUGUUGUGUUAAUGUUUUAUUUUCUAACAAAGAAAGAGGACAUUGCCUCUCCUCUCUCUCUCUCUCUAUUUUUUUGGUAGAUGUUGCCCAAUGCUUCAGCCUUGCACGCACGUCAGUGUCAAGUGUAAUAUGUUCCUGAUUAUUUGUUUCAUCAUUCUCUGCAUUGCUGGUACUAGCUAUAUGCGGGCUUUCACAUACCAAAAAGUUAUUAUUUUUAUCUUGUUUAUUGUUUUAUGUUAUGUUCUGUUUUAUAGUUUAAAAUAGUUUUUGUUCUGACUGAACAUAUGGCAGGGUCUUGCGUUAAAAAAACAUUGAAAAGCAUACAUCAAAGCUCUGGAACUCAGUUAAUAUGGGGUUCUAUGGCUCAUGACUAGGGAAGUUGAGCAUCAUGUUAUAGCUGAAAUGUCCGGUGUAUGUUUUCAUCUUUUCUCAUGAUAUUUUUGCUAGGCGGGAACCAAUGCUUCUUCUGUGCAUGCUCCCUUCACUUUUUAUGCUUGUUUCCAUUCUGAUUAUUUGCAUUACAUUUUAAUUCUAGACAACCCUCACGUUGCUUACUUACAAUGGACAAUACCUUUCUUGUUGGUUGUUCAUGGCAGAAACCUGUUUCAGGGGUCUUUGGUCAUUCCAUAAACAGUGUGCUCGUUUUCUUCCAUGCCCUAAUUGGAAUUGCUUUAGGUAAAUAAUGUGUUUAGCUUGUAGAGGCUAUGAUGAAAGGCUUUAUGUCAAGUACGCUAUGCUCCUGCCUUUUAUUUUAAAUUGAAGGUGGCAAGAUGAAGCCACAAAGAGCUCUGAUAAAUUUUUUAUUGCCGUUCACGUGUCUGCUUCCAGACAACUGCUCACGUGUUGCAGCACAGCUGCACUAAAUCUGUAUGAGAGAUAAUUAAAAUUUAUAGCACUAAGCCAGGCACUCUUGGUUGAUCAUCAAAUUAUUGACCAUAUGAGUAGUACAGUUUCUAUGCACUGUUAUGGCCUUCUAUAGGAAAAGCACAUAUUGUGGUUUGCCUUUGUGAUGUAGCAUCACGAAUUUUUGGCAAGGCUAGCAAAGUGUGGGAGCUCAUACUUUAAGAAGAGAGCCUGUAAUUUAUAGCUGAAACUUGGAAGUUUCUGAGAAAUGAGAGAAUUUGGAUUCAAAGAGUGUAAUGAAUGAGUAGCUAAAAAAAUUUGCCAAUUGAAGGGGGUGGAUGGGAAUAGAUAUAUAAUCCUGCCAAAUAAUGUGCUGCAUACUUAUCCUUAUGGUUUCAAAUGGCUUUGCCUAUAGCCUAUUUUGUUAUUGUGAGCCACGUUAGCCCAUAUUGUAUUGUAGGGAAUAUUGGUAUACAUUUUGUGGAUGCCUCACCUCCUCUACCACUCAUUAGUGGUAGAGGAGGUGUUCCUAAAACAAUUCGCUUGUAAAACAGGCUCAUGAUUGUGCAGUGCUAAUUUGCCAAUCAGUAAUAAGUGCCAGCCAGUCGUGACGUUUUCUCUGGCUGAACAACUUUAGGAAUGACUACUGACAUAAGCAAAUUGCUCAAUAUUCUUCGUAACUGGGUCAUCCAAAAGGCACCAUUACUUCAUGCUUUUGUGAAUAAUUUGUACUUACCUGGGCCUGCAACUCACUACUCAUAAGAUCAUGACAGAGGUCACAUUUGGCUUAUGCUUUCGGAGCAAAAAAGCAGCAAAGUAAUUUGUCAUAGAUGCUACGAUUCUUGUUCACAGUCCUUAAUGUUCACCAUGUGUCAUGCUUGCAUUGUUUCGUCACAAUCGCUGCAGGUUUUCAUUUGUAAUGAUUGUUUUGGGAGUAUGGCUUGGGCAUGGUUUUGUUGUCCAAUCCAUGCAUGAGCUGUGUUCAGCAAUAAUGCAUUGUAAUUUAAAGGUGGUAUUGAGACUUUAAGUGACUGGUUUCAAAAGAAAUUCGGCCUGGGUGGUGAAGUCGCCACAAAAUGUUUUGAAAAAUCAACAUAUUUUUUAUAUUGCUCUUGCAUUGCAUCAUUGCAUAUAGUCAUUGAAAUAUCACCAUAUUGAAAUGGUAAAAUUUUACUCGUUUGGCUGCAAUUGAAAACAUCCUAUUUUGAGUUUGCCUUGCCUCGUUUAAAGUAACUUAAGGAUCUCUUUACCCGGGUACCCAUUACUAAAUGUAUAUGCCUUGAAAAAUAAAUUGAUUUGAUAAUAUAACACUGAAA